UCUAUUAUAUCCAAAUAGAAAUAAAAAUCCAAAAGAUGAAGUUGGAGAUAUCAUUUCGCAACAAGAGCCGACACGCGGUUGGGCGUGACGUGCUAUUAAAAGACCUGGACCCAAAGAUACAUUCGCGGACGUUGAAAGCCGCGAUAGCGGCCCAACUAGAGUUGAGUCCUCGCAUGGUCACGCUGGUGAAGGACUACGGCAAUGAGAUGGGUAAUUACGAAAUCACGGACCCGGAGGAGUCCGUGUUUAUUCCCCAGCGGUCGCAAACUGUUGCCACCAGGACAGAUCCAGUAGAUUCGACGAUAAAUACGACAGGACCACCAAAUGCUGGGCCACUAAUGGGGCAAGGAGGCUUUGCGAGUACUGACGGCUGCAUACAGAAUUCUGCAAGAAUUGGAGGACCGUACCAUCCACAAGCAGAUCACGAAGGCGAUUCUGCUGGACAGAUUGACGGAUCCACGGCAGGAGUUUCGCCCUCAUCUGCCAGGCCCAAGCAAGCCGACGGCAGUGCCCCGAUGACCGGACGGCUAAAUCUGCAGACAACACGCCAGCCGCGCGUAGCCAAACCAGUGCGACCAGGUGCCAAGCACGGAAGGAAAGGCCUGUCAGACAAUGUAAAUCUGGAGGAGGAAAGCAUUUGUGCUGAUCUAGCGGAGGACGCACGCAGCGUAUCAUCUUACGAACAGGAGCCAGGAGGUGUAAGAUGAAGUAUAAUUGUUAAUCAUGGUCAUGCAAUUCCAAUUAUGUAGUACUAGCUGACUGGUCGAGAUGAAACGAAAAGUUAAAGUGAUCAUCAUCAAUAACAAUAAAGAUCUUGAUCACUAUUUGCUUCUCACGCGUCGGUCUGGGUGUAGUCUUUCCUUAGCUUUUUCUGAGUGGGAGAAAGGUGGUCCUCCGGUUCAUGUUGGUUUGGGACCUCAAAAUCUUUGUUGCGCUACUUGCGCUCUCAUCUAAUGCUCGAAAUCGAGUAGCAGAGAUCCUUCGACGACAACGGGCAGCGAGAGCGACGUUGGCAUAACGAACCACAACGCAGAAAACUAUAGUCUGCAAAAGAAGUCGAAGCCGCCGCUCGUCACUGGGGGACGAGAUAACGCGACUGUUGCUUCAGGAGGGCGAGCCGGCGGUGGAGGGGAUAAAGGACAGGACGGCGGGGAGCAAGGCGCGUCUCCGGAACUACUAGCUGCGAUUUCGAUUUUGAUCAGCGAAUAUCCAUGUGCCGCACGGAGCAUCAAUAAGAAGUACCUAAAAACCGUUCGCGCACGAGGAGACGGCGUUGCUCUGGAUUCCUCGAGCUUGAACAGUAAACAACAGCGAGCCUCCACCUCGACGCAUCAAUCUACUACUACUACCACUACUAAUACUACUACUACUACUACUACUACUACUGCUACUCGUGGCAAAAACAGCUCAGACAGUUCGCCAGCAACGGCAGGAGGGGCUUUUAGUGGACAAAAACAGCCUCUCCUUGUUCCGACCAUGUCUUCCGCGAGCGCUGGCCCUGGGAGCCGUGGCCACUCGAAAUCAGCAUCGCUACCAUUGGGGCAGGCUGCGGGCGACCAGCUGCACCACGGACAGUCUGCUGGCGACACAGGGAAAAUAGAUUUGCCUGAACGUGGAGGAGAACCUCCACCCGCGACGGCGCCCUCAGGUGUUCUCUCAGGCAAUAUGGACGACCUGUAUCAUUCAGGACCAAGUAGACCAGGACACGAUGAACACGAUGAUCAUGUUGGGAUAGGAAUUGGAGGUGACCAUGAUGUAGUUCCAGGAGCUUGGCAAACUGCAGGAGACCGCGCCGGUGCCGACGAACAGCAGUCGUGGGUCACGACGUCGUCCGACGAAGAACGGCAUAAAGGGUCUAGCACAGCUACGUCCUCGCAGCAGCGCGAAUACUUCGCGCAUAUCCCGCGCAUGGUCUACGUGAACUGCUAUCACGUGAAGGUUGGCGAGUAUUUCAACUUUUCAGGGCUCAACUCCUUAUUCGAUUUCUUCGGAUUCGAUAAUUUUGGCGCCUAUCAUGUCGGAAUCGAAGUUUACGGGGACGAAUGGCAGUAUGGCUACUGCGAGGAAGGCCAUGGCAUCUCGCGCGUGCGACCGCGAAUCAGUCGAGAUCAUGUACCAAUCUGAUUCUAGCGUGAGACCGCGAAUCAGUCGAGAUCAUGUACAAACUUGUUUCUAUUACAAGCACUUGGGCGUGUUUCACAGAAUCGGGCCAAGAAGAUCCACAUUAUUUGUCAUAUCGUCCCUGCAACACACAGAUUUAUGCAGAAUCGAUUCCCAUCGGGCAAACGCGAUAUAGCCGACGUGAGGUGCAGAAAAUGCUACAGAGCAUGCAAAUAGAUUGGCUAGGUGGGGAGUACGAUCUCUUAUGACGAUGGAUUGAUGUGCAUGUGACCAUGAAAAGUGUUCUUGAAAAAGCAAGAUGUUAUUUGGGGUCUUGAUGUGGAAGACUCCUACUUCUACUUCUACGGCUUUGCGUCUUCCGGUGCACCUCUUCCUACAGGUGGAGGGAGACCCCUGCAAGAACCAGCUGUUUUUUUCUAAUUUUCAACGGCAAGAACUGUGUAGAUUUUGCGCGUGCGCUGUCGGCUCGCUUACUGUAUGAUACGGAUCUGGGCGGGUCACCAUUGCGUGGCGCCGCACUUGCCAGUGGCGGAAUGAGCCCAGCUGCAGCUAAAGAAAAGGCAAGUCGAGCUGCUGCUCAGAGGGCUGACGGUGAAGCCCAUGACCCUUGCAAAGCGACAGGAGGUGAGGUAGAUCUAGAAGCGGGAGGCGGACAAGCGGAUGGUACGUCGCGAGGCCUUUCGCCACCUGUCGCGGACGAAAUGAUGCUGAGCGAUAAAAACAAUGGCGAAGUUAGUCCCCUGAGUCCUUCUUUGCGAAUGGAUCACGGCUUCUUUUUCGAGUACGGAGUUCCUGCGAGUCUUGAUAUGCUUGUGAAAAACUUGCCCAGUUUGGGCGCUCUUCCAGUAUCCUCACGCUCCCGUAGCAGCCGCAGCAGCGUCGCAGUAUUACCUUACACAGCAGGGGCUGCAAACACAGGGAAUAAUCAAUCUUCCUCGAGAAGUGGAGCGAGAACAUGA